AUGUCUCGCCGCUUAUCCAUCUUCGGGAGACUGGGUCGCCGAACCUCAUCGGCGACGGAAAGCACUGCAAUCAGCAAUGAGACCGACGGACAAGAAAGCGAUGGCAACCUCGCACCGCCCCCAGCCUACACCACCGUAGACGAGUCGGCCACGGCGAACUUGACAGCGGCCUUUGAUCAACUAAGCCUUUCCAACGCGGCUUCCGAUCCAACUGUCGAUACCUGUCUUGCCCAUUUGAAGCUGUUGUUCGCCAUCCAGUCCAUGAAGGAAGAGGUCGGCUAUACAGAUGGCCUUUGGGGACUGUGGGACUCCCUUGCCGGGCCUCUCAACCACCUUGAACACACAUAUGCCGAUAAGAAGAAAACCCCUUCUGAUUCCAAGAAGCCCCUUGACAAGAACCUACUGGAAGACGCCGACAACGCUGCCAAGAAGACACUCGAGAAUCUCAGCAAGAUCCGCGAGAAGCGAUGGGCCUUGUUCCUCGCGAGAGCUACCCAGAGAUACGAGGCGUGGUGGAAAUCGCUGCCUGGCAGUCAGCCAUUGACGGAAAAGGACAUGGAGGAAGAUACAUCCUUUGGAUACCAGACAUUUCCUACGGAUGACAGUGCUACUUUUGAUUGGAGCGAGGACAAGCUACCUCCUCUUGACGUAUUGAUGGUCUGGCAUACCCACAUGCUCAACCCCCGAGCCUUCCUUGAAGAUGCCAUGCUAGCUGGCUUGAGAGGCUUCUGGAAUAGAGGACUUCCGUGGCAUUUGGUCAACGCGGCCAUCGACUCCGACUUCAGCUACAAUGUAACGGAUCAGUGCAAGGCUCGAUGGACGAAGCAGACCGGCCUCUCUUGGGACAAUCAAUCCGAUCCACUGGUCAAAGAAUUGCAAUGCCCCAAAUGCAACACCAAAUUGUCAAUUCCCUGGACAACAUGCUCUCGGCCUGAAAACUUCCAUAAUCAAGCUGAACCACUGGACCUUACCGGCACUGGCUAUGGUGACGGCAACCUUCUACACACAUGCAAAGGCUGUGAUAUUACUAUCUGUAAGGAACUCCUUUGUGCUUUCAAGUUUGUCAAAGACGUCGAGGCCCUGCUGGGGCCUGCAAACCGGCCAAUUCCAGGAACCGUACUGGAACCUACAAACGGGAGACCCGCGAUAGUGCCGCCUGAGCCUGAAAGUCCGAACCCUACCAUGCAAGACAUUCGUGUCGAAAUCGAAGCCAUUCUUGGGAACAGCACAUGGCUGAGGGAGAUCAACAAUUACUCGAAUCCCAGGAGCGCUGCAUACAAGGUUGGCCGUGCCAGUAAGCUCAGCAUACGAAAAAUGAUGGGUCAUUAUUGGGAGAACUUCAGCCCCUUUGCACUCGAUCUGGCUGGCGCCGUUGUGCGCCAGGGCAUCUUUAUUGAAAAGAUGUACAAGAUCGACUGGCUUCACAGUCCGUCGGCAACCGACACCAUGAAGCGUCUUCUGCUCAAAUAUUCCCGUUUCUUCACCAUAAUGCAGAAGAAUCCAACCAAAAUGGCAGUCCCUACCCUGGAUAUCGAUCUCGCUUGGCACACGCAUCAGUUGAGCCCGAGCAAAUACUACGAGUACAGUAUCAAGACAACCGACAAGUUCAUCGAUCAUGACGACAAGGUUGAGGAAGGGAGAUUGAGUGAGCAAUUUGAAUGGACCAGCAAGGAGUACCAGGAUACAUAUGGAGAGGUGUACAGCGAGUGCACUUGUUGGUACUGCGAAUUGCUGGGUGUUUCCAAGUCAGAGAAAAUUGCCGAAGCUUUCCACGCCUCCGAAAAAGCCAAGCUCUGCCCACCCGACAAGUCUGCCCACAUUUCUUCUCACAACGCCGUGAUGCUACACGUCGAUCCUUCACAGCCUAAUCUAACCAUUCAGAACCGUGUGCGCAUUCAACUCGCUGCCCUUCACCAGAAGAGACUGGACGACGCAUACGCCAAAGCCAAGAAACGUGCCGAGAAGAAGGGCAGAACUAUGCCGCCUCGGGAUGCUGCGUACUAUGACCACUGGGGAUACCCGUACUACAUGGCUGGGCCCUACAUGUACCCCAUUUGGUUUACCCCGGGCCUCUACUACGGUUGGGAUCCGGGAUCUAUUGCCGGCUGUGGGACCGGAGCCAAUGGGGCUUGUGCUGCGGGCACAUGCGGAGGAGGCGUUGCUGCGGGUGGUUGUGGUGGUGCCGGGGGAUGUGGUGGGGGAUGCGGCGGUGGUGCUAGCGGUAGUGCCUGCGGCGGCGGCGGCGGCGGGUGCGGAGGGGGUGGUGGAUGCGGAGGAGGAGGGGGAGGAGGAGGAGGAGGAGGCUAUACUAACAUCUGUGGUACAAAGGCGGAUGAUGCUAGGAUUCCUUAUGUCCAGGGCUUAUAA